AACAUUAUACAAAUAAAUAACGGAACCAAAUGAACACCUUCUUUUCCAUUAGUGGAAAUAUUUUUGAAUAGAAUGACUUGCAAAAUAUUUAAAUUGAUGAUAUUGUUCAUAGUUUUAUUCAUAGAAACCAAAGCUGUGAGAAAUGUAUACUCGUCGAAUAAAAUAAAGAAAAAGCAGCCACCAUCAUAAGAAUCUGAAGUUGUCAUACACACUGCGCAUGCGCGGUGACGCGCGUGUCAUUUGUCAUUUCUAUUUGGCUCAGCAAGUGCCCCGAAGCGCCUUUUCUAGCAGUUUGUAAACACAGUCGUUUGGAGCGAACCGUCUGAAACCAAAAGUUUGCUGCAGAAGCCUCCGCCCCUGUAUUUGACCCACGUAAGGUGCAGGGAUGGCAUCAGAGGAGAAGAAGCCAGAGACAGAAACACCUAAGACACAUUCAGGAUCCUCAUACUCCAAGUCUGCUUCUGUGAAGCCAAACUACUCUUUGAAGUUCACCCUCGCAGGUCACACAAAAGCUAUAUCAUCAGUCAAAUUUAGCCCCAGUGGUGAAUGGUUGGCCAGUUCAUCGGCAGACAAGCUCAUCAAAAUAUGGGGCGCUUUUGAUGGAAAAUUUGAGAAGAGUCUUGCAGGACAUAAACUUGGAAUAUCAGACGUGGCCUGGUCUUCAGAUUCAAAUCUUUUGGUGUCUGCAUCAGAUGACAAAUCACUGAAGAUCUGGGAUAUGAGUUCGGGAAAAUGUCUGAAGACACUGAAAGGCCAUAGCAACUACGUCUUCUGUUGUAACUUCAACCCACAGUCGAACCUUGUUGUGUCUGGAUCUUUUGAUGAGAGCGUACGGAUUUGGGACGUCAAAACUGGGAAGUGUCUGAAGACCCUGCCUGCUCACUCGGAUCCCGUCUCAGCGGUUCACUUCAACAGAGACGGAUCUCUAAUAGUAUCCAGUAGCUAUGAUGGUUUAUGCCGAUUGUGGGACACUGCAUCUGGACAAUGUCUGAAAACUCUUAUAGAUGAUGAUAACCCUCCUGUCUCAUUUGUGAAGUUUUCUCCAAAUGGAAAGUACAUUCUUGCUGCGACACUGGACAAUACGUUAAAGCUCUGGGACUACAGCAAGGGAAAGUGUCUCAAGACAUAUACUGGACAUAAGAAUGAAAAGUAUUGUGUGUUUGCCAAUUUUUCUGUAACUGGAGGAAAGUGGAUCGUCUCAGGCUCUGAAGACAACAUGGUGUAUAUCUGGAACUUGCAGACCAAAGAAAUUGUUCAGAAACUGCAAGGGCACACAGAUGUAGUGAUCUCGACAGCUUGUCACCCUACAGAGAACAUCAUUGCCUCUGCAGCCCUGGAGAACGACAAGACCAUCAAACUGUGGAAAAGUGAUUGUUAAGUUAAAGCACUGCCCUUCAGAGGCUUGAGUAGAAACUUCAGAAUGACGACUUCCAGUAGUGUCUGUGUUUUACAAUGAUUUGAUAGCACUUAGUGCAGGGUUAUUAUUGGAGAGAUGGGCAGGUCCUGUCUGCUCAGAAUAGUGACAAUCUCACUCAAGCCUUUUCCCCCUUAAUAUACAGUAAUCUACUGUAAUGUUUUCAGUUCGUUUUAAUUUGCUACUGAAGAACAAAUGUUUUCUUUCAAACCAUCGAUUGUUGUUUUAUUGAUCUGUUUUUUGUUUUUGUUUUUGCCAUCAAAUGAUUGCCGUUAUUGCUUUUCAUUCAAGUGUUUUGGAAUCAUUGAUGUUGAUGUGCGAAUAACCAAUGUGCUAAGGAGCUUUAAAUUCUUUCUAAACAUUGUUUUCCACUAUUUAAGCUUUGAAUUUGAAGGCAUAAAUUAGUCUACAUGGCUUUGAUCCAUUGGAGUAGUAGGUACAUUUCCAUAAAAUUAAUUUAAAUACAGUGGGGAAAAUAUUUAUUUGAUCCUCUGCUGAUUUUUGUACGUUUGCCCACUUAUAAAGAAAUGAAGGGUCAGUAAUUUUUAUGGUAGGUUUAUUUUAACCGAUAGAUACAGAAUACAAACCAAAAAAAAUCCAGGAAAAAACAUUACAUAAAGGUUAGAAAUGAAUUUGCAUUUCAGUGAGUGAAAUAAAUAUUGAAGUAUCCCAAAGCAAAACUUGACUUAGUACUUGGUGCAGAAACCCUUGUUGUCAAGUACAGAGGUAAGAUGUGUUUUGUAGUUGGUCACCAGGUUUGCAAACAUCUCAGGAGAGAUUUUGAUCCACUCUUUACAGAUUCUCUUUAAAUCCAAAGGUUUCUUGGCUGUUGAUUGCCAGCUCAAAGUUUCAGCUCCCUCCACAGAUGUUUUAUAUGAUUGAGGUCUGGAGACUGGCUAGGCCCCUCCAUGACCUUAAUGUGCUGCUUCUUGAGCCACUCCUUUGUUGCCUUGGCAGUAUGUUUCAGGUCAUUGUCAUGCUGGAAGACCCAUCCAUGACCCAUCUUCAGUGUUCUGGCUGAGGGAAGGAGGUUCGAGUCCAAGAUUUUAUAGUACAUGACCCGUCCAUUUGCCCCUCAAUGCAGUGAAACUGUGCCAUGCCCUUAGCAGAAAAACAGCCCUGAAGUAUAAUGUUUCCACCUCCGUGCUUGACUGUAGGGAUGAUGUUCUUGAGGUCAUAGUCAGCAUUUCUCUCCCUCCAAACACAGCGAAUCGAGUUAAUGCUCAUCUUAAUGGUCUCAUCUGACCGUAGCACUUUCUCCCAAGCCAUCUCUGAAUCAUUAUGUUUUUUGGCAAACUUUAAACGUGCCUGUAUAUGUGCCUUCUUGAGCCGGGGACCAUGGGUGUUUGUUGCAGGAUUUCAGUCCAUUGCAGCAUAGUGUGUUACCUAUGGUUUACUUGGUGACUGUGGUCCCAACUGUCUUUAGAUCAUUAACAAGCUCUUGCGUGGAGCUAUAGACCGAAGCCGAUUGAUGGUCGUUUUGUAUUUCUUCCAUUUCUGAAUAAUUGCACCAGCAGUCUUCUUCUCACCAAGCGUGUUGCUGAUGAUCUUGUAGCCCAUUCCAGCCUUGUGCAGAUCUACAAUCUUGUCUCUGACAUCCUUUGACAGCUCUUUGGUCUUGCUCAUGGUGGUGGGAGAGGUUGGAAAAGAAGAUACAGAUUGUGUGGACAGGACAGAUGUCUUAUACACAAAUCUAGCUGACAUUAGGAGUAACUUCUUAAAGUGCCAGGACUAAUCUGUGUUCCACAUGGGCACAUAACCAAUCUGUGGGAGCCAGAAUUCUUGCUGGAUGGAAGGGGAUCAAAUACUUAUUUUAUACACUGAAAUGCAAAGCAAUUUCUAACCUUUAUAUGAUGUCUUUUUUUCUGGAUUGUUUUUGGCUGAUACUGUCUCCAUCCGUUAAAAAACCUACCAUAAAAAUGACAGACCCUUCUUUUUUUUUUUUUUUAAGUGGGCAAACGUACAAAAUCAGCAUGGGAUCAAAUACAUAUUUUCCCCACUGUGUGUGUAUAUAUAUGAGGAAUAUAAAAAAUCUAUGUAAAUGUUGUUGCAGCAAUAUUCUGCUUUAUGAAAAUGUUCAUUUUAUUUAAUGUUUAUAUAUGUAUCUGAUAUCUUGUAUAAGACCAUUUAUUCAAAACUCUCAAAUAGUUAUUUUGUUUGCUGAAGAUAAUAUAACAGUCUUUUUU